CUGUGGCUCCGUGUAUCCGAGCGGUGCCGGGAUGGCGCAGGAGGCGCUGGGCGCGGCGGGGCUGCACUUCGACGAGCUCAACAAGCUGCGCGUCCUCGACCCCGACGUGGCGCAGCAAACGGCGCAGCUCCGCGAGGAGUGCAAGGCCUUCGUGGACAAAAUAGCGCAAUUCCAGAGCACGGUGGGCGGCCUGAUCGAGCUCAUGGACCAGUUGGCCAGAGCUGUCGAGAGCGAGAAGAUGAAGGCCAUCGGUGCACGGAAUCUGCUGAAGUCUAUAGCAAAGCAAAGGGAAGCACAGGAACAGCAGCUGCGGGCUUUAAUAGCUGAGAAAAAGAUGCAGCUGGAAAGAUAUCGAAUAGAAUAUGAGAGUCUGUGUAAAAUUGAAGCGGAUCAGAAUGAAUUCAUUGACCAAUUUAUUUUUCAGAAAUAGAAGACUUUAAGAUAAAGACCAGCUUGGAAACACGAGCAUUCCAGACUCUUUGACUAUUUCAGAAAUAUGCAAUUUUUCACUGUGUGCAAAUAAAUAAGGAUGGUUUGUGCAAAUAAAAGUGUUUUUUAAUGCAGUGUGAGUUACACUACAAGUGGCAAUAAGGAGGGCUUUCUAACAGCUGUAAGACUGUUCUGUCCUUUGAUUUUUAUAAAGGUUUUAUACAGUCAGUAGUUCAGAUUCAAUCUGUAGUUGAAUUAAUACUGCUGUUCCUCUGUUAAUGUCUCUCUCCCUUUUUGAAAUGUACAGCUCUUUCAAUGAAAUCAGGCAAUAAACUUUUGUUUGUCACCUACUUGGACAUACCAGAA